AUCGCGCGUCAUGUUUGGCGCCAGCAUUUUCGCGGGGAGUGAGGAGUGGACAAACGCAGCGCAGUCUUGAUCGUUUACAAACACUGUAGUAUAAACCCCUCCAAUUUCUCUGAUAUACAUCGUGUGUCGAUGAUAUCGCCUUCAUUGGUUGUUAGCGUGUCCUCAAGCGCGAGGUUGUGAGGAUGAUGGCUGCAGUGCCUCUAUCUAGUGCUAGCCUCCUUCCUCUUCUAGACUGUCUGGAAGAUGAAGCAGCUGGGCUGUCAGAGCAGACAGAUGCCUACAUCACCAUCGCAAACCGUCUCAAUGGAGAGGAAGGGCGUCAGUUUCUGCCUGUGGUUGUAAAGCAUUUUGCACGUCUUAGUAAAGUCCUUUUGGUUCAUAUCUCCAGUGAGAAUGAGGAGCUGUGUCAAGCUGCACUGCAGGCUUUGGGAUUCUGUGUCUUCCACUCACACAUCGUUUCAGUCAUACCAGCAAAUAUUUCAGAAGAUAUUCUGUCUACACUCUGUAAUGUUGUGGUAAAGUCCAAGGAGAAGUUUACGUGUACACGAGCAUUAUGGGUGAUUUCAAAACAGAAUUUUCCGCCGGAGGUGGCAUCCAAAAAGGCCCCAGAGAUUCUCAAGAGUCUAGAGGCCAUGCAGACUCGAGAGGUUCAGUCAAUCCUCAUUGACCAUGAGUCCCUCAAUGUUGUUAUAAGGUUGCUGGAGCAGGCCCCCACUCAGAUGGCUGCUGGAGCCGUGUGCUGGGCCAAGCUGGUUGUUCCUCUCGUGGUUCACUCAGCCAAUAAAGUGCGCUUGCGUGCGGCAGCAGCACUGGAAUUGGGCAUGCCUCUUCUUCUGGAGAAACAGCAGGAGGUGGCGGCCAUUGUAGAGCCAAUGAUGUCCUCUAUGCUCAUCCCUGAAAUGCAGAAGCUGUUUGCCUCUAAGAAUGAGACAAAUAUGCUGAAGCUCUGGCCCUUGUUUGUGAAACUUCUGGGGAAGUUGCUCCACAAAGGCGGUGCUUUUAUUAAUUCCUUGCUGUAUUUAGAGGAGCUGGGUUUCCGCAACUCUUCCCCUAAUAUUAAGAAGAUUGCUUUCAUAGCUUGGAAGAGCCUCAUUGACAAUUUUGCCCUUAAUCCAGAUAUCCUGUGCAGCAGUAAGCGUCUGAAGCUCCUCAUGCAGCCCCUCAGUUCCAUCCAAGUCAGGACUGAAGCUCUUCUGCUCACCAAGCUGGAAGUGUGGUGGUAUCUCGUAGUCAAGCUCGGGCCCAACUUGUCCGCUAACUUUGAGCAGGUUGGUGUGCCUCUACUACACAGCACACUUCCUCCUGAUUCUCCACUGCAGUCCCCCACUACACCUGCUCGAACCCCUAACCCAAGCAAUGGCACCCCUAAUACACCUAAAACAGGCAUUCCCUCCUGCAGCACGACGAGCACUACUCCUCGCAUGAAUCUGAACAGCAGCAUGCAGGCGUCUCAGUCCUACCGCUCCAUUCAGCUCCUGGGACUAGAGAUGAUUCUGCACUGGCUCCUGGGUCCAGAGGUCACGGCCAUAGCUGCUAAAGAAAGUCUUCAACUCAGCUUGGAGCCCUUGACACACCCGUUCCUCACCAGCCCUUCCUUCUUCAGCAGACAUGCCUCUACCCUCAUAUCAGCCAUCAGCGAUGGCUUCAUUACUGUGGGAAAACAUGCUCCAGAAGCACUUCUUAAUCUCAUUUGGAGCAACCUGAUCGGUUCUGUCAGCACAGCUAUAGAAGCUGGUAACAAGAAGGAACGGCAGGGUUCAGAGGUCCUUACGCUUCUCCUACAGGCUCUUCAGUCCAUCUUGUCCUCAGAUGCUCUGCCUGCUGAACGUGCACUGCUUUUGUUGGAAGCCACCAUUAAAGGAAUCCCUCAGAAGGUGCUUGGUUCUGCAGCUUAUCAAGUGGCAAACAUGGAUUUGUUGAACGGUACACCUGCACUUUUCCUAAUACUGCUAUUUUACAAAAGUAACCAGCUUUCAUCAUUUCUUGAAGAUGAGAGGUUUUUCUCAAGCCUGGAGACCCUUGUGAGCUGUGGGUUUUGUGGACCUACAUCGCCCCUGGCAUUUGGAGAGGCUGUUUUAGGAGCGGUUAGUGGGAGUGCGGAGGUUGUAAAGAACAAGAAACAGCUCUGGAGGAUGUGGAGUGUGGUGGUAAACCCUCUGACGGACACAAUCACUCAGACCAAUGAAGUGAAUCAAGGAGAUGCUCUGGAGCAUAACUUCAGUGCCAUUUACAGUGCCUUGAUGUUUCCAGUCUUUCAUCUGCUUCCUGGUUCAGCCCUACCCCAGAUCACUCAGAAAGCCAUGAUCAGUACUUGGUCCAGGCUUUACAAGGCAUUUGCUCGCUGCUCCGCUUUGGUAGCCACAGCUGAGGAGAAUAUAUGCUGUGAAGAGCUGUGUGCCAAGAUAUCUGCCUCUCUUGAAAGCGAUGCUCUGAAAAGUUUGCCUAUGCUAGAUGCAAUAGCAAACAUCUUGCUGGUCAUCAUUGAGAGUAUGGACUUUUCUCCUUACACCCCACAAUUUCAACAGAAGAUGAAAUCUCCUCAUACACCUUUGAGUUGGGUACGCAAGAGAAGCAAAGCUCUGGGGAAUCUCUCAACCUUCCACACUCUCCUGAUGCAGACUCUAGAUGCAUUUCUUUCUGUGAACCCCUCAGAAGAAUCUGUGGAGCCCACCUGUGGAGCUUUAAAUGGACUUGGCUUGGCGAUGGUCUCCAUCUUGUCUACUCUUUUGACUAAUAUCACACUGCCCACGUUCAUACAAGAGGUGCUGUCCACCCUCACCAAACCACUCUCACACCUUUAUGAACGGUUCUCCAGUUAUGAUGAACCCUCAAAGCCCAGUGCAACGCUCGGACACAAGUUGGAGAAACUGGCCACAGACCUGCUUGGCUGCCUUCAGACACAAUUGACUCUGCACAACGAUGAGAUGCUUGGUCUGUUGUCACCCUUGCUCUGUGUGCUUUUUCCGCACAAGAGCAAGCAAAUUCGCACUGUGGUCACUCAGUUCUGGAAUGCCACCUUUGGAAAUGCACUCACCUUGACUUACCCUGAGCCUCUGAAGUCUGUUUUAAGUCAGGCUAAGCAGAAAACUCUCUUGAUUUUACCUGGUUUUGAAGCUGUUGAUGCACCAGAUGAUUGCAGUGGACAGUAUACGGGUGAGAGUUCUCAGCUGGACACACAAAUUAGUGGGGUGAAGAUGACCUCUUUGGGAAAGAGGGACUCUCUCCUGGCGAGGGCAGAAGAGCUUAAAGGAAGAGGCUCUGUACAUGUAGCAAAGCCAGUGUCUGUGAAGCUGGAUUUUGGAUCGCCCAAGCCUUUGCGACGAGAAGCUAUUGAGGAGGCGGCAUCAGUAGAUUUUGUUUUCAUUCCACCUGAGACAAAGGAGAGAGUGCUGACUGAGCACCAGAAAGAGGUCAAAAGGACUAAACGGGUUGACAUUCCUGCUCUCUAUAAUAAUCUGGAUGCCUCCCAGGACACCACAGUCUUUUCACAGUGUACUCAGAGUCAGGAGGAGUCCAUGGACAAAUUGACAAAAGAUGAAAGCGAUCAACCUGAGGAAGAGGCUAAGGUGCAGCUGAAGGAGAUUACCACAAGUGAUGAACCAUCCCCAGAUGUUAAAGUAACCCAAGAAGGCACCAGAUCAGACGUAGAAACACCAGAGAAAUCUGUGCAAAAUAAAGAUCAAACUUUAGAGAAGGAUCAGUCUCCAUCCAAUGGCAUCACAGUUGAUGCGAGUGGGCAUGAGAAAAGUGGACUAGAGGGGACCAGCCCUAAUGUUUCGGGUUCAUCUGAUAUGAUAUCAGGUACACCUCCUAAACCCAAUAGCAGACGUCAAUCGUUCAUAACAUUAGAGAAAUAUGUUGAAGGGAAAUCAAGUCCUGCAACUGUUGCAUUUACUGGUCCACUCACCCGGAAAUCAGGUAGACUGGAUUCUUCAAAGGAAUCAGAGUGCACGCCAAAUGACUCACAACCUCAGACUACAAAAGAGGAUUCUCAGAAAUCUCAAAAGAUAAGCAGCACUGACCCAUCUGCUCAAAAUGAGAAAGCUGGGGAAGAGGCAAAAGAUGAGAUUAAGUCAAUGGGAGGUCAUCCUUGUGAAGGUACUGAUGAGGAAGAGGAUGAUGUGGUCCCUGACACCCAGACCCAAGUAUCUAGUGAAGCAUCAGGUGUUAAGAGCAGUCCUGUGUCCAAAGCCAGCAUGGAGGAAGACUCUCCUGAAAAAGAUUCACAAAGUCUUGCUAAUUCUCAAUCUAGUCAAGAACCAAGAAGGUCGAGCAGACGGCGAAGUAAACCUGUUCGCCCAGGGGAAGAUCCAGGGGAGAUGAAAAGCAAAGAACAAGUCAGUCAGGUUGCAGACUCAAUGACAAAUACACAGAAGUCAAUACUAACGCCACCAAGUAGCACUUUAACUGGAAGAAGAAUUAAGGUUCUGGAGGACAGUAAAGUUGAAGGUGACCUGCAGAAAAGUAAAGGGAUGAAAGGAGAGCUUAGCCAAAGUGGUUCACAGAUUUUCUCUGCAGAGUCUUCACAGGCACUUCCACGGGUAAGUCAAGCUGAGACUUCUCACGAAAGUUCACCUGUAGCCCAAUCGGAUAGCCAAAGCAGAGAGAGACUGCCAACUCUCAAUGAGUCUAAAAGUCUGUCAUUGGGUAGACCUACGAAGAAGACUAGAACACAACAUGACGAAUCCACAGACAAGGAGGCAGAUGAAAACUCUCAAAAUGAUUCUCAAAAUGCCACAUCCUCUUUGAAAAAGAAACAUUUACAGACACCUCUUUCUGAUUCUGAGGCUGAUGGCCAGCAAUCUGUACGAACACGAAGAACAAGGAGAUCUGAAUCUCAAUUACUGCAGACCAAAGAAGAUUCGAGUCAGACAGAUUCCCAAACAAUGACAAAGAUGAAGGGAAGAGCUAUGAGGAGGAGAACUGCAGAAGAAGAGAACGACUCUAGUAGAGAUGUUACAUCAACUGUAAAUGCUGAGGAGUUAAGUGCAAGCCAAUAUUCCUCUCAAGGGCUUGGUAGAUACAGAACUCGACGAUCUAAAGGUUUGUUGGCUGCCGACAAUAUGGAGUCUGAAACCCCUGAUAGCCAAGAAGAUGGGCCAAGGCCUAAAAAGAGACUGCGGAAACCCCUGUCAACUGAGGUGCUACCAGUUGCCACAGAACCUAAAGUUACUGAGAUGCUGCCAGAUAAGGAGGAUGCUAAUAUUCAAUCAGAAGUCUCAAUGGAGAUGUCACAGGAUGAGGUGGAUCCUGAAGCUAGUUUGGGAAUUUCAGUUAGUGAGACCAAUGAACUUAAGAAAAACAAAACAGAGAUUCCUUCCCCUUAUAGUGUACCACAUGAACAGAUCAGCUCUGAAAAAGGAGCAGAAGAUGACAAAGUUGAGACAAAAUUGAAAACUGAAACUGAUGCAGAAUUAAAAACUGAAACUGUUACCGAAGAAAAAGAGAUUAUCAGUGAUAAGGGAGAGGGUGAAGAAGCAAAUUCAUCUUCACAGGCUGGAUCAGAAGAUUUAAAGUUUGGCAGUUUGCGUAAAUGCCCACAUACCAGGGGACGGGGCCGUGGACGUAGGCGAUCUAGAAGCUGCAACUGCUUUUUAAACAACCAGGAAGUGUUCUCACAGGGCAGUGACGUCCAAGAAUCAAAGGAUCUGAAAAAUGAGCAGGUUCCACUUGUUGUUGACACCCUGAACUCUAAACUUGAGCAGUCAAGCCCAACAUCCGUAUUGGAGGAAAGCAAGAGCUCACCAAUUGUAGAUUUACCAGUUGCUGAUGUUCAGCCGUAUUCAACCUUGCCUGCUCAACUCCCAUGUGAGGUUUUGUCUUCUGAAAGCCCCAUUACAAAGCUUGGUGUAAUUGUUUCUCAGCUGUCUGAAGCAGAGGAAGGAGCACAGCUUGAAUUAUCCAACCUGAGGGAUGAAUCAAACAAUGUGUUUGUAAAAGUCCUGGAGGUAGAGUCAAAUCAGUUUGAGAGUUCUGGGUGCACAGAUAGUCCAAAGCACAACAAAGAAUUAGACAACCCUUCAGUAAGUCAAGAACCUCCCCAGAGUUCAACACCUCAAGACACCUCUCCUAGUCAAGGUCGCCCAGUGGAAGAUGCACCUAUAUGCCAAGAGCAACUAGAGUCUUCCCAUGUCCAUCAGGAGGAUGCAGUGAAGGAAAGUGAAGACCUUGCUGUUCCAGAGCCGAGUGAAGAAAAGGUUGUGUUGCUAGAAGAGUCAAAUGGCAAAGAAUUGCUUGACAAGGAUGUUGGUCAUAUCGAGAAGGAUGAAGACACUCAGAUUGACAACCGGGCUCUUUCUGCUGAUAUACAAGAGUUGUCUGUACCACCUCAAAGUAGUACCUCUAAAGCCUGCUUAGAUUCUCCACCCAAGCCUAAACCUUUAGACGCUCUCAGUGGUGAGCUAGAGCCUGGUCAGAGCCCGAGCAGAAACCGAUCUCGUGUCUGGUCUCCAUCCGCUUCUCCAUCUACCAGUAUUCUGAAGAAGGGACAGAAGAGAACAUGUGAAGAAGAUACCCCAUCCCCCCUUCAAAAGUCUCGUCGAGUGUCUUUUGCAACUCCAAUUUACCAUCAAGAACUGGCUGAUGAUAUUGAUCGACGUAGUCCGGUUAUUCGCACAAGCUCACCUAGGUCAAAAGUCUUGAGUGGACAGUCGAAGUAUAUCACUACACCCACAAAAGGCUAUUCGAGUCUAAGUCCACGUAACCUCCGUAGCCCUGGAUCCAAAAGCUCUAAAAAAUGCCUGAUUUCGGAAAUGAGCCAGGAGCCACGUCCUAUUGCUAAAGAUUGUGUUUAUCCAGCACUUGUUGGCUGCUCUACCCCUGUAGAGGCAGUUUUACCGCAGAUAUCCUCCAACAUGUGGCCUCGUGGCUUUGGCCAACUUGUUAGAGCCCGGAACAUUAAAACGGUUGGAGAUCUGAGUGCCCUUACCCCUAGUGAAAUCAAGUCCCUUCCUAUUCGUUCACCUAAGCUGUCCAAUGUGAGGAAAGCACUUAAAACCUAUUAUGAACAGCAGAGAAAAGGGCGUUCUGAUGACCUCAAGAGUUUUGACGAAAUGGAGAAAAUGACAUCUGAGCCUGAAGAGAUGGAGCUUCCUCAAAACCAAGAUGAGGAGCAAACACCAGGAGAGGCUCAAGAUGACAAACCAUCAGAAGCGGGAGUAGAUUCAGGACUGAUGGCUGAGGAGAACAAAUCUAAUGAUUUGCUCUCAGAUGUUGUAGCCCUUGGUGGACGCUUAACUUCAGAGGAACUUGGUCACUGUUCACCCAACCAGUUGGGCCUGAUGCACGAACAUCUGAGCGGAAUGAUGAGAAGCAUUGUGACCCAUCUGCAGUCCCGCUUGCUGAGUAAUCUUGAUGAUAGCUUGCCAUAAGGACAUUGAGACAUUUUCCUGACACAAGAAUUCACUUUUAACUUGAAUAUUAACAGUGGACUGCUCAUCCCUCAAGUUUUAGCUUGAAUUUUAGAGUAGAUGUAUUUCUAAUUAUGCUCUCUCAGAGAAUAGACUUAAAUGGUCAAAAUGGCCAUUUCCAUUGCUACUUAAGUGUCUGUGUAUUUUAUGGAGUGAUUUUUAAGACUGUAAAAUUGUACGGAGAUGCCAAGGAACCUUUUUUUU